AUGCCGCACCAGGUCGACGAGCACCGCAAGACGUCGGGCCCCAAGGCCAAGCUCAUGGACGCCUUCCGCCGGGUCGCCCUCGGCGGCCGUCGCUCCUCCUCGGACAGCGUCCCGACCACCUCGACGUCGCCGCAAGCCGGGUCCUCGACUGCCACCAAGGCGACGAGGCCGACUGCGACCCGCGCGAGGAGCACCCCUGACGACCGCGACGCUCCGCCGUCUCGCCGCUUCCGCCAGAGCCCGUCGGUCGAGUCGCUCGCGAGCACGGCCCCGAGCAGCAGGCCGACGAGCGUCCUCCAGCCGCCGAGCCACAAGCUCGACAGCUCGAGUCCGGCGUCCGAGUUGCCCAAGACGUGGGACGAGUGGAACUACGCCUACCAGCACGGCAUGAUCGACUUUGACGACCCGCCACCGCCGCCGUCCGACCUGCGCUCGUCCGAGUUCGUGACCCACACCGGCCAGUUGCGCGCGCCUCUCCCCCUCAACGAGUCGCGGCGGCAACGCGCCGUCGACUCGGUCGGCCUCGUCAAGGCCCUCGUCGAGCCGCCGCCGUACGCCGACUCGGACGGCGCCGCGACGUCGCCGACCAAGCGCCAGAAGGGCCCACUGCACCCGGCGCUCGAGAAGCUCGCCAUCGAGGCCAAGAGCCGGUUUGGCGUCGACGCGUCGACCAUCUCGCUCAUGGACCGCGACAAGCAGGUGUUCCUCGCCGACGACUCGUGCCGGUUCAUCGAGGACGUUGAUGCCAUUCCCCGAGAGCUCACGUGCUGCUCGCACGCCAUGCUCAAGGCGUCGACGGGCGCCAAGGACCCGCUCGUCAUCCUCGACUUUGCGCAAGACUGGCGGUUCAAGCGCAACGGCUUCGACCCGUACGCCGAGGGCUUCUACGCGGCGGCGCCCAUCAUGCUCCCGGCCCCGAUGGGCGACGACGAGGGCGCGUACCCGGGCGGCAUCUUCUGCCUGCUCGGCGAAAAGCCCAAGCAGGGCUUCUCGGACCAGGACCGCCUCGACCUGCAGGCCAUGGCCGACCGGGCGUCGACCGAGAUCCAGCAGUACUCGACGCAGCAGCGCGAGAGCAAGCGCGCCGCCCUCGGUCAGCGUCGCGCCGACUGGAAAAAGUCGAAGCUCGUCCGCCGCGCGUCGAUGCAGGUCCAGUCGCUCGACAUGGUCGUCGAGAUGCCGACGCCGCCGCGCACGCCCGACGUCGGCCAGGACCCGAUCGACUGGGGCGACGACGCGGCGCAGGACGAGCUGUUUGCGCGGGCCGACGAGGCGCGCGGGGCCGAGGCGCCGCGCCGGCCGUCGCUCCCGGACUCGAUCGGGUCGAGCGGCAGCGUGAGCGACCUGCAGUCGACGAGCGUCGCGCCGACGUUCCACUCGCGUCGCGCCGGGCGGCCCGGCAUCGUCGCGGCGCCGGCCAAGCCGCUCGCGAGCGACGUCAAGUCGGUGCUCGACCUCACGACGCAGCUCGUCGCCGAGUCGAUCGAGAUGGACUUUGCCUACAUCGUCGCCGUCGACCUCGCGGCGGCCAAGUCGGGUGCGGCGUACGCGGGCGCGUCGGCGAGCGCGAGGCCGUCGCCGAUCCGGCUCGUGUCGACCUACAGCCUCGCGUCGUCGGGGCCGGCGCCCUUGUUCUCGGUCGAGUCGCACCUGGACGCCGUCGUGUCGGAGCAGCACUCUGCGCUCCUGUACGCCGACGACGACGCGGCGAGGUCGGCGGCGGCGCACAGCGAGGGCGACUUUUGCACGGGCCUGCUCGUCAAGGUGGGCGCGACCGACGACGGCAAGGUCGGGUUCGUGCUCGGGUGCUUCUCCGAGGACUCGCGGCGCGUCAUCAACUCGGAGGACCUGCUCUUUGUGCGGUCGUUUGCGCGCGACUUGCGCAAGUAUGUGCCCGCCCUCGCAUGAUCCUCCUCCUCUCUCGUUCUGUGCCCUCCCUCUGUCUGUCUGUCUCCUUUGUUGCAAUCUGUCAGUCUGUGCCUCACGAGAA